AUGUCAACUUUGAAGAAUCGCAAGGAGAAGGGGAAAAAUUUCUCAUUAUGGAACAUAUGGGUAGCAGCUACCAUACUGAAAGUCUUGUUAUUUGAUACUUAUCACUCUACAGAUUUUGAUGUUCAUAGAAAUUGGUUGGCAAUAACAAAUAAAUUACCUUUGAAAGAUUGGUAUUUAGAGAAAACAAGUCAAUGGACGUUAGAUUAUCCCCCAUUUUUUGCAUAUUUUGAAUGGUUUUUAUCACAGUUUGUUCCACAAAUAGUCAAAGAUGACGGAUGUUUGGAUAUUGUGGAAAAGGGGGCAUAUGGUUGGCCUACUGUUGUUUUCCAAAGAAGUACUGUGAUAAUAUCUGAAAUUUUAUUAUUUGCAAUCUUGCAAACUUAUAUCAACUUCAGUAAAGAUAAGAUUCUAAGUUUCAUUAUUGCAAGCUCGCUUGUUUUAUCACCUGGAUUAUUAAUUGUUGAUCAUAUUCAUUUCCAAUAUAAUGGGAUGAUGUUUGGUCUUUUGAUUGGUGUCAUUGUCGCUGCUGCUCAUGAACGUUAUUAUCUGUUGGGUGCAUUAUUUGCUACAUUGCUUUGUUUCAAGCAUAUAUUCUUAUAUUUAGCACCAGCUGUAUUUGUAUUUUUGUUGAGAAAAGUUGUUUUAGAUGUUAGUCAAAAGAGUAUAAUAAAAUUCAUCAAAUGGGACAAAUUGAUCAAAUUAGGUUCUAUCGUCUUGUUUAUAUUUGGUGUUGCAUUUGCUCCAUUUGUUUAUUAUGGAGUCAUUCCAAACUUAUUGGCAAGAUUAUUCCCAUUUUCUAGAGGAUUAACACAUGCAUACUGGGCGCCAAAUAUCUGGGCUAUUUAUUCAUUUUUGGAUAAAAUCUUGGUUGUUGUUUUGAAAAGACCAUAUUUUAAUAAUGUUUUAGCUAAAGCUAUUGGAACUCCUUCCAUUGCAGUUAUUGAUGCUCAAAUUGCAAGUACAGCUAAUACUGGUACAAGAGGUUUAGUUCAAGAUGUUUUUUUCAUUAUUUUGCCAAAUAUAACACCAAGGGUUACAUUUUUAUUGACAUUAUUCUAUGAUAUCUUGUCCUUAUUACCAUUAUUAUUACAACCAAAUUUCAAAAGAUUGAUUGGUGCAUUAACUCUUAAUGCAUAUGCUUCAUUUUUAUUUGGAUGGCACGUUCAUGAAAAGGCAAUAAUGUUAAUUAUUAUCCCUUUUACAUUUUUGAUUAAUGAAAGAAGAUUAUUGAAUUCAUUUUUAGUAUUAGCAGGUGCAGGUUAUGUUAGUUUAUUCCCAUUAUUACCAAACCAAAAUUUAAUUAAACAAUUGUACACAUUUAUUUGGUUCAUUAUUUAUUCAUUAUCAUUUAUGGAAGUUUCAAAGCAAAGAACCUUCAAGAAAAGAAUUUUCCUCUUUGAUAGAAUUUCAUUGAUCUAUUUAUUCAGUUUAAUACCCAUGGUGUUAAUGGUCUUCAUCAUUGGCCUUUUCAAAAAAAGAUAUGCCUUAUUUGCCAAAUUUGAAUUUGUUGGGUUGAUGAUUUAUAGUGUUUAUUGUGGUAUUGGUGUUAUUGCAAGUUGGUGUGGAUUGAGUUGGUUAUAUUUCUUUGAAGAUUCAAUUUGGUCAGAUGAAGAUGAAAAAAAGGAAGAUUGA